CGGGGAGGACCAACGGACGCGCUCGCUCAAAGCCCGAGCUAUAGAUAGCCCGUCGGAUGGGUAUAACUACUAUUACUACCACCUCAGGUACCUAACGUUGACAUCGGCGCUUGAUACCAGAAGAACUCGUGUUACCCAUUGGGCGAUUGUUCUCAACUUCUUCGUCCAUCCACAACACUUAUUAUACAGUCACCAACCACAACCGCAACAAAUAUGGAGUGGGAGGCACCUCCCCCAGUAGCCAGCGACAGAGUCACCGUGGAUCUGCAAGCCAAGUUCGAGCGCGUUGAUGUCGCGUAUAAGACUGUGAACCAGACGCCAAUCGAGACGGCAAUAUUUAUCCCCAAAGACCUCGCUGCCGGGCCCGAAGCGCAAACCGCGCCCGUACUCGUGAACUUCCAUGGAGGUGCCUUGGUUACGGGCGCGAACCCGGAGCCGUUCUUCAUGGCUGACUGGGUCCGCAACCUCGCCCACACAACCAAGUCCAUCUUCCUGUGUCCGGCCUACCGCCUCAUUCCGGAGUCUCGCGCCGUCGAGAUCCUCGACGACGUCGGCGAUUUCUGGACCUGGCUGCACGCCCACCUCCCCGCCGAGAUCGCCGCCCGCUACCCGCACCUGACACCGGAUCUCACGCGCGUCGUCGCCAGCGGCGAGAGCGCGGGCGGCUACCUCGCGCUGCAGUCCGCGCUGCAGUUCAACGGCACCGCCAAGCUGCGCGCCGUCAUGACCCAGUACCCGGCGCUGUUCCCCGACGUGCCCGGGUUCCGCGCCCGUCCGGCCGGCGUUCCGGAGCAGUCCCCGCUGGAUGUCGUCGUGGACGAUGCGAUCAAGAGCGCCAGGGCUGCUCGGGGGACCGUCGUCAUCCGCACGUCGUCGCCCUGGCCUGCGAAGGCGGACCUGAUCCGCGCUGUAUUUGCGACGGGGCGGCUGGCGGAUCUGUACGGCGAGGAUCCCGAGGGGAGGUUGACGUUGCGGUAUGCGCUGGCUCGGGCUGAGGAGGCGCCGCCGCCUCUUUGGUUGAUUCAGGGAGACGAGGACGCCAUGGUGCAGAAGGAUUGGACGGAUGAGGUCGUUGCCGGGCUGCGCAGGGAGAGGCCGAAGGCGGUGGUCAAGUAUACCGUCAGACCGGGGUCGCACGGGUUUGAUCAAGGUAAUCAGCUCGAGGAUGACUGGGUGAAGGAGGGCGUCGAGUUUAUCAAGGGUUACUGGCUCCAAGUCUAGAGUGUUGAUUGAGGAAAGGUGGAUAGCGAGUGGCGGCCUCAUGGGAUGAUGUGACUUCGGAUUGUGGAUUGUGAUUGUCAAGCGGGCAGGGCAAAAAGGAACGUGAGCCCAUAAGCCUACAGUUUCGAUCUCGACUCCUCGGGGGGAUUCGGCUACCAUCAGAACUCUAUCCUGUUAUUUGAGGCCUUCGUCUUGACUUUGUUGAGGGAAGCCUCAUAUACACAGCUUAGAUUAACCAAGACCAGCUCCAGUUAGACCACCUGCUUCUUCCAUUCACAUUCUCCUGUCAUCAAGCGUGCGGAUGUCACGCCUUGCGCGGAUAGUUACAACGCUCCUCAUCCGACGCUCCCGGAGUCCGGGAUGGAGUUGCCGACCCUGCACGAGUGCUCCUUGUUGAUGUGGUUGCCUAAAGUGAACGGGGUCGCCGGCUUUAGAACGCAGGCAUGACUACACUGGUCUUUGCUAGAGGACUGAGGCUGGGCUCUUGGGAUUAUCU